UCUUCUUCAUCUUCACAUCUGCCAUUGUAUAGAGAAUAAUAAAAACAUAAUUCUCAACUAAAUAAUAAUAAUAAUAAAUAACAUUCAAGUAGUUAUAAUUAGAAACAGUUUUUAGAAAAGAAGAAAAAAAAAUGAGAAAAAGUGGAAAGAAAGAAAAAGAAGAAGAAAAGAAUGUGGAGAAUAGUAGUAGUAGUAGUAGUAGUGUUGCAUAUCAUGUAAUUCAUAAACUUCCUUCUGGUGAUAGUCCUUAUGUUAGAGCCAAACAUCUUCAGCUGGUUGAAAAGGAUCCAGAUGGAGCUAUAGUCCUGUUUUGGAAGGCUAUCAAUGCGGGAGAUAGAAUAGAUAGUGCCUUAAAAGACAUGGCAGUUGUUAUGAAACAACAAGAUAGAGCAGAAGAAGCAAUCGAAGUUAUUAGAUGCUUCAGGGAACGUUGCUCCAAACAAGCCCAGGAAUCAUUAGACAAUGUCCUAAUCGAUCUAUACAAGAAAUGUGGAAAAUUAGAGGAUCAAAUCGAACUGCUGAAGCAGAAGCUUCGAAUGAUAUAUCAAGGAGAGGCAUUCAAUGGAAAACCGACUAAGACCGCACGCUCCCAUGGAAGAAAAUUUCAAGUUACUGUUAGGCAAGAGACAUCAAGGAUAUUGGGUAACUUAGGCUGGGCAUAUUUGCAGCUAAAGAACUUUGUAGCAGCAGAGGCUGUAUACCGUAAAGCUCAAGAAAUAGACCCUGAUGCUAACAAAGCCUGCAACUUGUGCCUUUGCCUAAUCAAACAAAGUCGAUAUGUAGAGGCUACCGCAGUUCUUGAAGAUGUAUUGCAAGGUAGACUUUUGGGGUCCAAUGACCCCAAGUUAAUGAACCGGACAAAGGAGCUGGUUCAGGAGUUAGAGCCAUGGCAGGUGGCUCAGGUUCACCCUGGUUCUAGUCAGGGGCUGGUAACUUUGGAGGAUGCUUUCAUCGAGGGGCUUGACCAGUUGAUAAACCAGUGGACUCCGUUAAGAACAAGAAGAUUGCCUGUAUUCGAAGAGAUAUCAACAUAUAGAGAUCAACUAGCCUGUUGAUCUACUUUGUUGGUGUGCUUAUGAGCCAAAAACUCAAUUGUUGUUGAGGUGAAUAGGCCUGUAUCUACCAAUAAUCGACCCUUGUAACAUAAGGGUUAUGCGUAUACUAAAUGCAAACUGUCAAGGGGAGUGAGCGAAUAUUUGUAUGAUUGAACUAUUCCCUCUUUUAUGGUAGCGUGUAAAGAACCUAAUUAUAGCUUAAAUACUAUAGAUUGACCAUCAGCUGAACCAGUAAUAUGACAUAUGAAAUUGAAGAUCA